AUGCAACAACAAGUUAUCAGGAAGAUUCCAGAAGAGCUAGAAAACUAUGAAUUAAUCUUCCAUGAAGACGCAAGCAUCAACUUUAUCUCUUCUCAGCAGAAAGCAACACGAAUUUUAAACUGUAGAGUUUUUACACUCAAAACAGAAGAUGGGGUUGUACAACAUGUUAAAAUAGAGCUUACAGAUGACAAGGAUAUUUCAUUUAUUUACGAAUCUAAUUUUUCAAGGAAAUUAUAUGAUGAAAGUAUUAAAGAAACAUAUAAAUUGCUUGUUGAUUUUGAUGCAUUUAUUGAAAAUCUUUGCAUUUUCUUGCAGAAAAGUCUCAAAGCAAGCGAUGAAAUCACAAUUGAUGUUAUUGACGGAAAAGAAAAGUCUAAAAUUGUAUUCUACCAGAAGCUCAAGCUAAGAACAGUUGAAGUAUUCACACUUCCUUUGAAUAUUCCAGAUGAAGAUUAUAUUAUGCGUCUUGCACAGUGCCGUUUCAAUAUUUUGAACGAACAACUUGCUGCAAGAACUAAAUACUUAGAUUCCGCAUUCAAGACAUUGGAUAACAAGAAUCCCUCCCUUGCAAGCCACGUUCGUAGUGUUAUCCAACAAAAAGAAGACGGAACAUAUAAGACAAAUUCAAAACUUUCUGUACUUUGA